UCGUCCAAAAUGAAGACCAUCCUAUUGGUUAUUGCAGCUUUGGCUCUGGCUAGUGCCGAAUGGAUCGAAAUCGAUUGGUCCCAGGUUAAACCGAUCGAGGAAUUUGACCACUACUGGGCCCGCAUCCCGCAGGAAUGGCAAUUCCUUCGCAAGCAGACACCAUCCCGCAGAAUCACUAACGGACAGGAGGCUUCUCCAGGUCAAUUCCCGUAUCAAAUCGCCCUGCUCAGUACCUUCACCGGUGGCACCGGUUUGUGCGGCGGAUCAGUUUUGACUAACAACUUCAUCCUAACUGCUGCUCAUUGCGUCCAGAAUGCUUUAGGAGGAACGGCUAUCAUCGGUGCUCAUGACCGAACUGCCAAUGAGGCAUCUCAGCAGAGAAUCGCCUUCGGAGCAGCGGGUAUCAGAAUUCAUGCAGGAUACACGCCAACCAACGUCCGAAAUGACAUCGCCGUAGUACAACUGAACAGUGCCAUUGUUUUCAAUGAUCGUGUCCGACCAGUUCGAAUUCCUGCUGUAGGAGACAGUCGUACCUUUGCUGGAUUGACCGGAACCGUUUCCGGAUUUGGGCGUAUUGCUGAUGGUAGCCAAACCACUGCCGCUGUACUCAGAUUCACUAGCAACCCAAUCCUGACCGAGGCGGACUGUCUGACAGACUGGGCCAACAACGCCAACCUCAUUCAGGCACAAAACAUUUGCCUCUCCGGCGAGGGUGGCCGCUCUUCAUGUAACGGAGACUCUGGUGGUCCAGUGACCGUAGCCGAAGGAGGUUCCCUGCAAGUUGGUAUUGUUUCGUUUGGAUCGGCCGCUGGCUGCUCGAUCGGAAUGCCGUCAGUGCACGUGCGCGUUACACACUUCCGUGAUUGGAUUGUGGCGAACUCCGAUUUUGUGUAA